AUGGAGGUCCUGCAGGUAACAGGGCAUCCCUCUCUACCUGGGGGUGAUUGGGGCGAGCAUGGCUCCCCCGGUCUUGGGUGCUGCUGCGCAGCUUGUUGGUUGGAGUGUUGCGUAUUACACUCAGUCAGAUCAAGUGUCGAGAAACUCACUCGUCCCCGGCGGUUCCCUCGCCAGGCGGUGAGCGUAGAAGUUCUCGUGGGAGUGGCCGCCCUUCAGAAACUAGAUGGGGAUGUCAUGAAUAUAUGCCAACAGUCAGUAUCAAGAAUUAUAACUACUGUGUCUAAUUUAAUAGCACUACAAAUGAAGAUGUUUGUAAAAUUUCCAUCUACAGUGGAAGAUAUCAAUCAAGUAAAACAAAAGUUUUUUGAAGUGGCACAAUUUCCUGGAUGA